ACACAGUUCUCUCGCACGCCAGGCCAUCCCAGCCCAGGCAGUGACACGAAUCUAUAGGCCCCGUCUGCGCGCAACAAACGCACAAACCAGCUCGUCAGUUGGACACAUCCACGGAGAGAGAGGGAUCCCGGGCUAGGGUUUAGGCAGCGCGAGAGAGGUCGGCAUACGCGAUGGGUGCGGCGGGAGACGAGAAGGCGGCCGCGGCGGCUGGGGGCGGAGCCGCCGAGGGCGAGGCGGCGGUGGACUCCAAGGACCUGCAGCAGCAGAGCAAGGCGCUGGACAAGCUCACCGACCGCGUCGAGGACCGGCAGCUCGACUCCUCCCGAGUCCAAUCCGCCAUGGCAGCUCUUGCUUCAUCUAAAGAAGCCGAUUGGAAUGCCAUGAGACUGAGGGAGAAAGAAUUAGCUUCUGUCAAGAUCAAUCCUACUGAUGUUGAAAUUAUUGCUAAUGAGCUUGAGUUGGACAAGAAGAUUGCAGAGAGAACACUCCGAGAGCACAAAGGUGAUGCUGUAGCUGCGAUCAGGUUCUUGCUUCGCUAAUUCUGACACGAAUCGCCAGCAUUCAGAUGAUUUCCUUCAGUCCGUACAAUGUGAAGCAGCUCUACUUUCCUAUACCUGUUUCGGGAAUCUUUUUGUACCGCAAUGAAACGAUCAUACUUGUCAUCCAUGCAAAACCUCUCUUUCCAACAUGUUUGUGAACUGGUCCCUGCUAUUCUCCUCUAAAAAACUGAAGGUUUACCCAGGAGUCCGUUGUUAUUUAUUCGAGAUUUUCCCGUGCCUGC